AUGAGAGCUUUAUGCGUUGUACAAGUGUUGCUCGUAGCGGUCAAAGUGGAAAAUGACCUUGGUGGAAGUAACAAAUUGCAACAACAAUCAGAGCAACAAGGGGUGGUCAAAGGUGUUGUCGGUGGAGGAGGUGAUGCAGGAAGCAGCGAUGAGAAUGGUGACGAUGACAUAGAUGAGGCGUACAAGAAUUUUAAAAUCAACAUUAGUGACGUUCCCAGUACAGAGUGUAGAAAAUAUAAAGACUUGAGCAAGAAGGUGGCUGAACAGAUUAGACAGGAUAAGGUCAAUGUCAAAGCAAAGCUGUAUAAAACAAUCGAUUGUAUGUGCAUCAGGAUGGCAGUGAAAAUGCUAAAAGGAGAAAAAUCGCCGUUAUUGUUCAAUAAUCUAUAUUACGCUUAUGCUGUCGAAAUUCAGAACCUAUCGAAUGCACAAAUUGCUGAAAAACUUUGGAGUUUUGAAGAAGGCAUCAUGUCAGAUGAGAUGAAUCCAUCAAAGCCACUUAACUUCUCCAUCAUGCGGAUGAGAAAUCUUUUACAGCUAUGGAUCGCAAUACAGAAAAAAAAAGUGAAACUGGGAUAUGGAUGCGCUAAGAACGAUUACUGGGCGAUCUGCAUGUUCGACCCCUUUGAGAAAAAAGCAGCAGAAGCAACUCCUGUGCAGAAAAACCCAUAUUCAACAGAAGAGAGAAAUCCUCAGAGUCAAAGCUUGUGGCUUGCCGCUCUCACAGUUGUAAAGACCCUUUGGCUGCAUGUGCUUUGA